AUGUUAUUGACAAUAUUCCUCUCGGAAUGGGAUACCUCUGUUGUUCUUCAAUUCUUGACCAAUCAAAAAAUUACAGACAAAAAAGUUCAUGAAAGUAUGUUGCUCUUCUUGUAUUUACAUCAAAAAUUUGCCAAAUUAAUUAUUUCAUUCGAUGAACAAAAUAGUAUUGAAAACUCAAUGACUCUCGACGACUUUAAACGUUUGGGUGUACCAGUGGGUUUUGCUAAUUCUAUUGUCAAAAAAGUUGCUGCUUUGAAAGAAUUUCAAGCCAAAUGUCUCGACACCAAUUUUCAUGAAAUGGCUAUUGAUAUAAUGAAUGAAUCAAUGAAAAGCGAAGAUUCAGUAGUUUUUCCAUGCCCUUCAUGGGAUGAGAAUCAAUUCAGUGCCAAACAAAAGCACGCUUUUGAAUUUUGUAUGCACAAGUUGGAUUUCAUUUCAAAAACAUCUAUACACAACAACUCAAAAUCCAAGUCAACCAUUUGUCAGAAUUUAACAUUCCCUAACAGAUUCAUGUAUGAAUAUUUGAAUCCACGUAUCGAGAGCUACAAGACGGAAACAAGGCAAGGAAUAGACCACGAGUCCAAGAUGAAAGUAACACUUGUUAUCACUGAAUUGAGCGAAGCUACACAACAUAGAUUCGUUAGAAAAUUUGGAUCUAUUACUGGAUUGACCGAUGGAAUGACAGCGAUCUUCUGCUGUGUUGGUGCUACUAUUAGUGAAAUUAAGGGAACUGAGAGGGGCAAUCAAAAACUUAAAGCUCUUGCCAAGCUUUGUGCUGAAUGGAAUGGAACAAAAACUGUUUCGUUUUGUCAACAUUUCACUGAAGCUGCCAUUGAAGCAUUGAAUAUGACAAUUGAAUUUGAACACAACAUUGAUGCCAAAACUAAAAAGUAUUUGGGGAAAAUGAAACAACGUGGAGCUGGUGAGCACGUUUACAAAGUUGACAAGGAAUUGAAGAAAGUGUUAUUGGAUUCAAAUGUCAUAACCACAGACAAGGACACACUUCAAUUAAUUCAAAACAUGAGAAAGAAAAUUGAAAUCAAUUCCAAAUUUUAUUUCAAACUUCACAAGGAAUUGGAUGAAUUUGUGAAAUUUGCCAUAACUGUUCAUCCUCUUUUCACAUCUUCACAAGAUUAUGCUUUUUUGAAAGGAUUUGAUAGGGCUUUUUGA